UUGUUUCCGUGUAUUUUAUAAAACAGUGCUCCAGUCAGUUUUGAACAAGUUCUAAAGAGGAAAGAGCUGGAAGUUUCUCAGGUCCUGGUGAAGGCAGAGGGAGAAAUGUGCUGCGCGUGACGCUGUGUAGGAGCAGGUGUUACUUGCAGUUAUUGUGAAACGAAAGUGAAAGCAGUGAGUUUGCAUGGCGGUUUGUUGGUACUCCGAAUGCAGGUCUCUGAAACGGGGUUUAUCAUGAUUACUGCUUUUCGUGGACUUUUUCUUGCUUUGUUGUUUUCAGGUGUAUGUGGAACGCAAUCGGCUUACGAUGUCCAGUGGCUGCCGUGCCAAUUUCAGGAUGAGACGGUACAAAUAAAUGAUGAGGGGCAUAAGGAUGUCAAGUUUCACCAUCGGAAUGCAGGACUGCAGUUUGGGAAUUCAGGGGACAGUCCUAUAAACCCCGAUGCUAUCACCUUCCUUGUCACAACAUCAAAGGUGGAUAUGAGGCGUUAUUUAGAAGGUGGCAAGGACUCGCUGGAAUGUGAGAUCCAGAGAUAUAACACUAAAGGGAUUGUGAUGCGCUGGCCUGGUUUGGGUGCACAAGAACAUGAUGUCUGGUUCACCUGUAUUCUCCGCAAUAGUCAGGGAUUGUUUCACCUCACCACCUUCCUCAGACACACACCUGCGCAGGAAGGCUUUCAGGAGAGGAUUGAAAUAGGAGACAGAGAGCUCCUGACCACCACAGCUACGAUGGCUGUCCUGACACGCACACCUGUCAUUCACGUGGGCCUCAUGAAGGAGCCGAACCUGCAUUGUCAGUUCGCUGUGGACCACAAGCAGGCGAGUGUGACAGUGGAGUGGGUGCACCAGCGGCGUGGAGAACGCACUAAACUCUUCAGCUACUCGAGCCGCAUAGGCAAGAGUGAAGGCAGCGGAGUGUCUGUGAAAACCAUUGCAGCAGGAGAUGCCUCUCUGAAACUACUACCCACUAAGCAAACUAGCGAGGGCACAUACACAUGCUCUGUUUUCAUCCCACCACUCCAACAUAACAGUGACAUUGUCCUCAACAUUCAAGAACCACCGCGUGUAACAGUGAACGUGGGCUCAACCUUGUCUUUAACCCUGGGUCAGGAGCAGAAGGUGGUGUGUGACACUCAGGGCUACUAUCCUCUCGACGUGACCAUCGAGUGGCUGCGAGAGCCGGUGGGUUCAGGCCUCCUGCCUCAGGUUCUGAGGAACACUCUGUACUCCAGCCACCGCCACCAUCAGGAUGGCACAUACUCGCUCUCAGCCUUUUUCUUGCUCCAGCCUGACCUUGAAGAUUCAGGAUACAAGUACACAUGCCGGGUGCAACACCAGUCUCUGCGUACACCAAUCCGCAAGAGCUUCACGCUCAUUGUCACAGAGCAAGACUCCACACUGUGGUACAUCUUGGUGUUUGGAUUCAUAAUUGUCAUGCUAGGAAUUCUGAAAUGGCUGGUGCCUCAGUUUAUUGCUGCAAGAAGAAAAGCAGCAAACAAGAGGUUCUGAGGGCUCAUGCCAGAGGAAUUAUAGCUCUACUCCAUGGAGACAGACAACACCACAUCCCUCUCUCUACCUCUUCCUCAUCCCCUCUCCCUCCACCUCCUCUGCUGUACCUGCUGCAUCGCUGGAAAAGCUGUUUCAGCUAAAGAGGUUGUUGUGAACACCAGUGUCUGAUCUCAUGCUUUAUGAGGGUGUUUACACCCGCUAAUGGAGCCAUAUGUGAAGAAUAUCAAAGUCUUCUGAACCUAAUUGUAAGAUGGCUGCCAGUAUGAUGUUUUUAUAAGUAAAUUCACAUAGCGUGAAAUAAUAAAAAAUAAUAAUAAUUAGAAGAGAUGUUGUGAAUAAUUUGUGUUUGUUUGCGAUGGCUGAUGCUGGCUCACAUCUCUGGCCAUCAUUGAAAAUAUUGCAGACCUAAACAGUUUAAGUCAGUUUACAUUUAAGAUAUUUCUACAGGAUUCACUAAUAAUAAAAUAAAUAUAUGUAAAAGAUAUCGUCUACACUGAGUUC